CGAAACCUUGACGUCAAAUUCAUGCGAUGUUUAUUUUUUGUUUAAAUAAUAAUACACAAAUUCCCAUGGCUCUCGCACUUCUAAACUCUGCAAUAAAAAUAAUAGAUUUAAAUUAAGUAGCUCUGUAUAUAAAAAUGUCCACCGGAUAUGAUGAGAGGUCUAGCCAUAUUGAGAAAGAUGACGUUGGCGAAUGCCUGACCUUAGGAAAUGAAGAAAAAACUAUUGAAAACAAUUUGGAAACCAAAAAUUCAUGCGCGGAUUGCUUCGAGGCUUACCCUGGUACCUGUUCCACCACAGAUAAUCAAAUAAUUUCUUCUUACAAUGAUUCUCCAAACGAAAAUUUGGUGCAAGGUGAAAGUUCUAAAUGUAGGACGAAUAGCUAUGAAAAUUGCACAGCUAGUGAUACAAACUGCGAUUCAGGCUUAGAUACAAUGGAUUCUGCUUUCCCCAUAUCCGAUUCGGAAACUGACGUCACCCCAUUGGUAAACUUAAGCUCGGAUGGCUCACCAAAUAGCCUAAAUAAGUCCAACGCAGUUACUGACAGUAAUUCUUCUAGCCCGGCUCCAUCAGAAGAAAAUGUUGCUAAGGAGACAAUUAAGUAUAAUUAUGAAACCAAUGAAACUAAUUCAUGUAAUAAAACCAAAGAUAUAACGACAAAUAGUAGUACACAAUCCUUACAAACGUUGCUGAAUAAUACGGAUAUAGGUAAUAUCAAUCAUAGCUUAACAGUAUCUACAGUUAGCCUGAACGGACAUGACUCUGUUGACAGAAUCGCUAACGUGUCACUGCUUAGUCGCAGUUGCGACAAUCUUACAAAAUACAAUGAUGACGACUCUAAAACAAACACCAGGAAUGAAGACUUGAUAAAUGCCGAUAGAAUAUUAUCAGAGUUUUCUGAUCAAAAAACCAAAGCCACCGCAGUGCAGAAAAUACCAGAAACUGGGACGAAUACACAUCCACGGCUACAAAAAGAAAUACUAAACCAAGAUGUGGGUAGCAUAGUUAAGAAUGUUCAGGGAAUCUUCUCUUCAGUCAGUGGGAGUCUGAAAUAUGCCUACGGAUACCGUACACCAAAACCGGUAAAAUCAGUGAAACCUAUACCGAAUGGUAAAAUAAUGAGUGAAAUAUUUGAGGAUGAAGUGGAGUCUAUUGACGUCAAAUCAACUGAGAAUCCUACAAAAUCAGUUGAUGUUAAAUCUGUUGAUACAAGUGACUUAGGUACCCUGAGAACUAAAAUGGAAAUUCUAGAAAGAGUCUUAGUGGAGCAGAGAGACGAAAAUGCAUUGUUGAAGGAUCGCCUUAGACAGCAACGCGACGAAACAAAUCGAAAGGAUAAUGCUUUCAAGGAGUUGGAAGCAAAAAUGGAUCUGCUAUCGAAGCGUCUAGAACAAGCCGACCGCGAAAAGGAUGCGGCCGUAAUGCGCUACGCCAGCGUUGAAUGCGCUCACAUAGAGGCGAAACGUGCAGCCGAAAAAGCAGCCAAAAGCGAGAAGUGUGCCCUAAACGAAGUGGAGUUGCUCAACAAUAAACUCAGGUCCGCGGCCGGUGAAAAGACCAGGAUAUGUCAGCUCUAUGAUGAUAAGUGUCAUGAGGUCCAGAAAAACGAGAGACAAGUUUCGAAGUUACGCGAAGACCUACGGGAGCUCGAGGGUCGAUUGAAGUGGACUCAGAGUAAGCUUCGUAUGGAGAUGGACGCGUACAGGGAAAGCUCCGAACGCGCUGAGAAGCUUUCGGCGCAGGUGUCGGAAUUGGAGGCCGCCAAGGGAGCAGCCGCGGCCCAGGCCACUGAUUCCAUCAGAGCGAAACAUCUUGAGACCGAAUUGAAAGAGAGCCAGGCGGCCCUGAUCCUCUGCAGACACGAAAAGGACGAACUCGAGAAGAGAUUGUCGACGAUGAGGACACAACUGGACAUUUGCUCGAGGGAGCGAGAGGCCGCUAUCGAUUCUCUCGCUCGCACCAGCGCCGAGGUGACGGUUUUGCGCGAGAGCAAGUUACGUUUAGAGGAGGAGGCUGCCGAACUUGCAGCUUUGAGAGCUCAAGCAGCACUGGCCGAUGUACUCAGCGCACAGUUGCAGAGGGAGACUGUGAGGGCGGACGAGGCGGAGCACGCUCUGAGCGCGGAGAGGGCGCGGGCGGAGACGUGCGGGCGGAGGGAGGCCGCCGCGCUCGAGCACGCCGCCGCCCUCACGCAGCAGCACGUCGCGGAGCGGGCUGCGGCGCACAAGCAUCGCGCCACGGCUCAAGCCUUAGAACUUGAUAACGCAUCGCUCAGGGACCAGGUCGCCGGCUUGCGGGCGGAGUGCGAGGGUCUGCAGAGGGCCCUCGAUGAGGAGAUUGAGAGGAGGAACAAGGAGAACCGAGUGCUCGCCAGGAAGGUGGCGGAACUGACGGAGGAAGUGGCAGAGACGAACAAGAAGCUGGAAUGGGAGAAGGGAGAGAACGGGGUUCUGAAGAAGAAACACUCGAGUGCCAUAAAGGAAAUGAAUCGUGAAUUGCAGCGAGCGCUGAAACGCUGUGAACAAUUAGAAGCCAAAGUGAACGCCGACGCUCCAUCAACGAGGACAGGAUCCGUGUCCUCGCUGACGAGCGGCGAAAGCGCACCGCAAGAAGAGAGUCUGCAGAACGGACACGCAGACAACGUUCCCGAUGUCCAGGUCCGCGAGCCUGACCGGCAGGCGCUGGUGGAGCGCGUGGUGUCACUGCAGCGCGCGCUGGCCCGCCGCGCCGAGCGGGUCGACUUCCUCGAGGAGCACGCCCGUCAGCUCACCGCCGAGCUCGGAGCCAAGAGUCGCUUGCUGCGGGCGCUGCUCAACCAGCUACCGGCCGGCGCCGUCGCCUCCAGCCGCCGGGACGACAACAAGCCGGCUAGAAGAUUAACAAAGAAGGAGAUAGCCCGGUUGGGUGGGGGGGCUAUGGCCGCCGUCUGGGGCGGAGACCCCGGCGGUAUGACCCUCGAUCUGUCCCUGGAGAUGAACAGGAGGCUGCAGGCCGUCUUAGAAGACACUCUGCUGAAGAACAUUACGCUUAAAGAGAACAUGGACACCCUAGGAGCCGAGAUAUCAAGACUGAAAGAGCAAUCCAAGCCCGGCGAACCGAAAUGAAGAUCACGUAAAAUUUAGUUACCUCUUUACGCAUAAAAACCCUCGAAUUUAAUAAUGCAGGCGGCACUGACCCUGUAUGUACCGCCACCGUCCCGCCACCCGCUCUUAAGGUGAAGGUUCGCCUUUUAAGGACAAGUUUUGAUUUAAGCCGGACCGAGAAGUUAUUUAUAAAUUUCAUAUAACAAAUACGAACAGAUAAAACCUGUAACGGUAUUUAUUUAGUGAAAAACGAAAGACUCUUUUAUUAUUAUUCUUAUUACUUAACGAUCAACUGGAAUGCUUGGUUGCUUCGCGGCAGAAAUAGGCGGGGUGACGAUAUUUGGAGCCCGCACGCAACGCCCAUUAAAACUGAAUAAUUUAAAUCGACAUUUCUCCAAACUUGUCCCCCGUGUGGUGUGAGAAUACUACUUACUUCCGACCUCCUUAGGCUACGAACAAGACGUCCUGUCAAAGUGACAGCUGUCACUGAUGUGACGUUGACGUGUAGCCGUAGGGUUCGGCCAUAAAAAAACAAAAACCUCCUCGAACUUACUUAAUUGUUAUUGAUUUUUGGUUUAUUUCUCAUGAAUAUUCAAACUGAAACAUCUUGUACAUUCCAUUGAUUAUCGCCUUCUUAGUAUUUAGAAAAAGAAAA